CUGACAGACAUGGUUUAAUUAGAGUUUUCCAAAUAAUUAUUUCCAAAAAAUACAAAUAAAGUGAAUAACACAAUAGAGGCAUCAUGAUUUCUUUGCUAAGAACAAUUAGUAGAUGUGAAAUUCCUUCGCUAGUUCGAAGUGUGACAAACAGCAGUACUUUCUUAUUCAAUAGUACACCCGCUUUACAUCAGCCCAGUAAAAGAACAAAACUCGAACUUAAACGCCGCCUAAAGGCUGAGCAAAAAGCCAAAGAAAAGGCCGAGAAGGAAGCUGCCAAGGCAGCAUCUGCCCCCGCUGCUGGCAGCGCUGAAGCCAAAAAGAAACCCGUUUCUGCACUUGAUGAAGAAAUUUCACCAAAUGAAUAUUUUAAGUUACGUUCUGCUGCCGUUAGUGAGUUGAAAAAAUCUCCCGAAACUCAUCCCUAUCCACACAAGUUCCAUGUAAGCAUUUCGCUGGAAAACUAUAUCAAUAAAUAUGGGAAUCUCAAGGAGGGGGAAAUGUUGGAAAACGAACAACUAAGCAUUGCUGGUCGUGUUCAUGCCAUACGCGAAUCUGGUGCAAAACUCAUCUUUUACGAUUUACGUGGUGAGGGUGUAAAACUACAGGUAAUGGCCAAUGCUAAAUUGUACAAAGAUGAACAAUCCUUUGAAGUUGAUACUGGCAAGAUACGCCGUGGUGAUAUUAUUGGUAUUAAUGGUUUCCCGGCCAAGACCAAAAAGGGAGAACUCUCAAUUGUGCCCAAAGAGAUAAAACUAUUGUCUCCAUGUUUGCACAUGUUGCCACAUUUACAUUUUGGCCUGAAAGACAAGGAAACCCGUUAUCGCCAAAGAUAUUUGGAUUUGAUUUUGAAUAAUCGAGUUCGUGAUAUUUUCCAAAUUCGUGCCAAGAUCAUCUCCUUUGUCCGUCAAUUCCUGGAUCGCAUGGGUUUCUUGGAAAUUGAAACACCCAUGAUGAAUAUGAUUGCUGGUGGCGCCACGGCGAAACCAUUUAUCACACAUCACAACGAUUUGAAUAUGGACUUGUAUAUGCGUAUUGCCCCGGAAUUGUAUCAUAAAAUGCUUGUCGUUGGCGGUUUGGAUCGUGUCUAUGAAAUCGGCCGUCAAUUCCGUAAUGAAGGCAUCGAUUUGACCCAUAAUCCCGAAUUCACAACAUGUGAAUUCUAUAUGGCCUAUGCGGAUUAUAAUGAUCUUAUUGAAAUUACCGAACAAAUGAUAUCGGGUAUGGUCAAGGCCAUACAUGGCACCUACAAGAUCAAAUACCAUCCAGAGGGUCCGGAUGGACCAGAAGAAGAAAUUGAUUUUACUCCACCAUUCAGAAGGGUGAAUAUGAUUAAAACCCUGGAGGAGAAAUUAAAUGUUAAAUUCCCCUCGGCCACAACGCUAAAUACCAAGGAGACCAAUGACUUCCUCUCGGCCUUGUGUACCAAACACAAUGUUGAAUGUCCUGCGCCCAGGACCACAGCUCGCUUGUUGGACAAAUUGGUGGGAGAAUUCAUUGAAGAGACCUGCAUCAAUCCCACAUUUAUUUGUGAACAUCCACAAAUUAUGUCGCCAUUGGCCAAGUAUCAUCGCAGUGAACCCGGUCUCACGGAACGCUUUGAAUUGUUUGUCAUGAAAAAGGAGGUCUGCAAUGCCUAUACCGAAUUGAAUGAUCCCAUGGUGCAGAGAGAACGUUUUGAACAACAGGCCAGCGAUAAGGCAGCCGGUGAUGAUGAAGCCCAAUUGAUUGAUGAGAACUUCUGUACGGCCCUGGAAUAUGGUCUGCCACCAACUGGUGGUUGGGGUCUGGGUAUUGAUCGGUUAACAAUGUUCCUUACAGAUUCCAAUAAUAUUAAGGAGGUCCUAUUGUUCCCUGCCAUGAAACCAGAUGAUCCCAAUCGUGCCCAUCCAGCUGAACUUAAUAGUGCACCAGAAGAAGCAGAAAAGAAAUGAACUAAAUGCGGGUCCUAAUGAUAUUUACAUUAAGGAAAACUUAAAUAUUUAUACAGUUAAAUAGUGUUUUUUUCUUUGUGUGUUCCCCACCCCAUUUUCCAGCUUAAUUUAUUUUCCGUCGUUUAGACUUUCAUCUUUUAUGCGUAGAAAGUUUAGUUGUGAAUCGAUUCUGCAUUUUUUUGUAAUAAAUAUAACAUACAAUUCCAAUAAGCAAAUUGGAAUAACCAGGAA